CCACAAACUGCUGCUGCCGUACGUGCGCGUGCUGGGCGUGCAGAUGCUGUUCAACGCGGUGGACCUGCUGGUGCGGGCGUGCGUCUACAACCUGUGGGCCGAGGCGGUGCUCAUCAUCCUGCCCCUGGGCAUCGGUAUCCCCUACUACAUGUGGAUCUGCGCGUACAGCCUGUAUCGCAAGAUGAAGCUGAACGCCGAGUUCCCGAUGCAGCCGCACAUCGUGGCGCACCUGCCGCCGCAGUUCAUGCAGGACACCACCGUGCUGCCGCCCCUGCCGCCGGGCUACGGCUACGCACCGCCCACCGCCCCCAACGCCACCAUCAAGCCCGACGACCUGCCGCCGCCCUACCACCUGGUGGUGGCGGCCGACGAGGCGGCCGCUGGGGCCGCCUCCGGGGCGGUCACCGGCUCGCCGCGGAUGGGGGCUGGCCCGUGGCCGGGCGUCGGCGCGGGCAUGGGGCCGGGUGUGGGAGUGGGUAUCGUCCCGGGCAUGGGGCCGCCACCGCCCAUGGGCCCACCACCACCCAUGGGGCCACCACCGCCCAUGGGCCCACCACCACCCAUGGGGCCACCACCGCCCAUGGGGCCACCACCGCCCAUGGGGCCACCACCGCCCAUGGGGCCACCACCACCCAUGGGGCCACCACCACCCAUGGGGCCACCACCGCCCAUGGGGCCACCUCCAGCCAUGGGGCCGCCGGGGCCGGUCAACGGACCGAGCAUGGGGCCAGCAGUGGCGCCGGCCAUGGGGCCGGGUAUGGGACCGGGCUCGGCUGCAGGGGUUGAGGGGGCGGGGCCGGUGGCCCACGCUGGCCCUGCGAAGCCGCUAGACCCGAACAUGCCGUCCGCCGUGUGAGCGUCUGUCUGGCCGACUGAACAACAGUCGCAGUAAAGAUGGCGGGGUAAGUUUUUAUUUUUAUUUUUGUUUUUUUGUGCUUGUCUCCGGUCAGCCGAUUCACUGACUGACGGGCGGGCAGGCUAGCUGACGCGGGCUGAGACCGACACCGGGUUGACAUUGCAGUUGUUACGCGCGCCUGGCGAGUGCGAGAGAGGUAGGACGAGCCGCCCCUGCCGUGCCCACCCCGCCGCGCUGGCCGCCCAAGGCCGUCCAAGGCCGUCCAAGGCCGACCGCUGUUCCUCGACGCACAAGAAGCAGACCGCCUCGUCCCCGGCAGCGCGCGGCAGCGCGCCGCAGCGACGAGGCGAGGCGAGGCGAGGCAGGCGCGACUCGCGGGCCGGGCCGGGCCUCGCACGAGCCGCGUCCUUUUCCCGUGCGCGCAAAGCCAAGUCCAGCCAAGUCUUUCACUCCUCACACUCGAGAGCAGCAGCGCUCGCCGUCUCGUUGAAUGGCUUGUGCCCGCCGAGGGGGAAGGAAACCAGUCCAAGUCCCCAGGGGAGCGAGCGCCCGCGCCGUCAGUCAAUUCUUGAAACCUUUAUUGAGACGUAUGUUGCGAAACCAGUACACGUAGUGAUCCCCUUAGCGUGUUUGGUACACAUGAUUGUUGUUGUAAUGGAAGUAGUUACCCCCUCAGUGUGCCAAGAAAGGGACAGUCCUCCUGAUUGUGACUUUGCAGCUAUUUGUCUGUUUUUGUGUUGUCCCCCCUCUCCCUGUCGGACUGGAGAAUGGCGUUCUUGAUGGAGUCGCGUGCGUCGCGCGAAGUGAAUACAGGGUUGUCCGUAAACCAUGUAACGGAAUGAGAACUGUGUCAAGAUGCAGAUUCCAAAUUAACCUUUACUAAACGGGCUCGAUGAAAGAAAGUUACCCUUCCCACAAUGCAAACUUACUCUAUCGCACGAAUUCUCACCCAGAAAUAAGUCGUGCCAUUGAUUUUUUCGUACCUUAUGGUGUGUUGGUUGUGACCAUGCGUAAAGGAGAGGGCAAAAAGUGUCGUGAAGUGGACACUUGGUAUCCUAAAGGCCCCAUAAAAAGUCAAUAAAAUAUCGUGAUUCAAUCGAAAGGGUUUUUGAUGGACUAAGUAUUCAUAGAUUCUUUCCUGUAUAUACUUUAAUCAUGUUUCAGAGAUGAAAAUAAAAACUGUUGCAGUACAAAGGAA